AAGAAAUGGAGAACCAUACAUAGAAUUCAAAUUUUAUCCAAUGUAAUUAUUAAAACUUAAUUUAAAUCAUUAAAUCGUAUUAUACUGUUUCGGCUUAUAAUUAGCACCCUAUGGUUGGUUUCCGUCCCGUCUAAAACCCUCUUCGUGUCACCUGGCUGCUCCCAGCGAUUCCGGCCAUGGAGUACGUGAAUCCCCUCACUGGCUUUCGGUUAGAUGGUCGCCGUCCCAACGAAAUGAGGCAGAUUCGUGGAGAGAUCGGCGUUGUUGCCAAGGCCGAUGGCUCUGCCCUGUUCGAGAUGGGAAACACCAAGGUUAUCGCUGCUGUGUAUGGACCCAGAGAGGUGCGGAAUAAGGGCCAACAGAUUAACAAUCAAGCACUGGUACGCUGUGAGUAUGGUAUGGCUAAUUUUAGCACCGGAGAUAGGAGAAGAAAACCGAAGGGUGACAGACGGUCUACUGAAAUAUCUUUAGUAAUUCGCCAAACCAUGGAGGCAUGUAUCUUGACACAUUUAAUGCCACAUUCCCAGAUUGAUAUAUUUGUCCAAGUUCUUCAAGCUGAUGGUGGAACAAGAUCAGCAUGCAUCAAUGCUGCAACAUUAGCUCUUGCAGAUGCUGGGAUUCCAAUGCGUGAUAUAGUUACCUCCUGUAGUGCUGGAUAUCUUUGCUCCACUCCUUUGCUUGAUCUAAACUAUGUAGAGGAUAGUGCUGGGGGUCCAGAUGUCACAGUGGGCAUACUUGCAAAGAUGGAUAAAGUCACUCUUCUUCAGAUGGAUGCAAAACUACCAAUGGAUAUUUUUGAAAAUGUAAUGCAACUUGCAAUAGAAGGAUGCAAAGCAGUCGCUCAUUACAUACGAGAAGUUCUACUGGAGCACACAAAGCAGCUGGAGUGUCAUCGUGGUGCAUAGCAGAUCAGGUUAAGUCAUUCACUGGUUCAAAAUUUUGCGAUAGGCAAGGGCAAUACUGAUGUUUGGAUCACCUGAAAUUCCUGCUUUUCUUCAUGCUUGGAAGACAAAUAGAGUUGUAGGUGAUUUACCAAGUGCUCCAGGGAUGGCUGGGCUGCACUACAUAUCGAAGUAGAUGCAGUCAUGGAGUGGUGGAUGCCUGGUAUCCAGGGAUUCCUACAUCAUUGAGUUAUGGAGAUAGACCUGGUAAAUCCAUUGUCUUGGGUGACUCAUGGAGAAUGAGCCAUAGGUCAGGCUGGUCAUUUUUCCAAACCUAAGAAGUAAUGUGGUCUAGUUUCGAUUGAUCACAGCCUGAUCCGGAAUUCGUUCAGUUCAAGCUUAUCUGCAUAUUUGAUCUUUUUUUUUUUCCACCCGUUAUGCUGGUGCAUUUGAUGGGUGGCAAACUAUAUAUAAUUGGUUUUCGCAACAUUCAUGUGUAUGAUUGGUACCGAAAAAAAAAAAACAUUCAUGAGUAUGAUUGGA